UGAUGACGCUAUUCUCCGUAACCAAGGCAAGGCAAACACUAGCCUGAUAGCUAGGCUAACCAAUCUGCCAGAUAAUCUUUUAGCUAUGAAAUAACCCCCCGUUUGGGCGUUUUCAGUUUAAUCUCCAGUCAAAGCAGUUUACUAGAACCUUCGACUCCAGAAGCUUCAGCGACUCUAGCUUCAAGUCGGUUCGCUACGUGGCCUAAAUAAGAGGCAGAAACAUCCAUUUUUCCUUUUAGAUCAGCUCUGUCUACAAGCUAGCAAACUUAGUCCAUAAACGUUAGCUGCACAGCCACCAUGGCUGAGUUUGGGUUUAAUGAACACCAUCAAAAUGAAGUCAUCAAUUACAUGCGGUUUGCUCGUUCAAAGAGGGUCCUGAGACUAAAGACCAUCGACUCAUGCUUUGAAGAACUCAAAGAUAGCAGACUGGUGGAGGAAACCUUCACAGUGGAUGAGGUGAGGGAUAUGCUGGACGGGCUGCAGGCGGUGGUGCGAGGGGAGGUGGAGACGGAGCUCAUCAACACAGCCCACACUAAUGUGCUGCUGCUGAGGCAGCUCUUCUCCCAGGCUGAGAAGUUCUACCUCCGACUGCAGAGUGAUAUAUCGGAGUUGGAGAACAGGGAGCUGUUAGAACAAGUGGCAGAAUUUGAGAAGACUGACUUUAAAACCACUGAUAAGAAAAACCAGGAAACAAGCAAACCCAAGCUCGCACCAUUAAAUGAAGGUGGUGUCUCUGAACUUCUUAACAAGGAGAUAGUAAGACUACAGGAGGAAAACGACAAACUGAAAACCAGGCUGCGGACUUUAGAAUCACAGGCAAUGAGUGCACUAGACGAGAGAACCAGGGCUGAGAGGGCUCUGAAAGACAUUCAGAAGGUCCAGGGUGAUCAGCAGAUGGCUGCUCAAUCCCAGGAGAUCAGCAGUCUGGAGGACACAGUGGCUGCUCUGAGGGAGGACUACGAAAGGUCUCUUAGUGCCAAUGCUGUGUCUCAUAAGGAUCUGCAGGAAAACCUGAUCUCUGCCAAACACGAACUUCUGCGAGUGCAGGAGCAGCUGUCCCUGGCAGAGAAGGAGUUGGACAAGAAGUUUCAGCAAACUGCGGCCUACCGGAACAUGAAAGAGAUCCUCACCAAGAAAAAUGAGCAGAUCAAAGAAAUUAGAAAACGAUUGCAGAGAUACGAGCCCAAUGAAUGAUCAUUGCCUGAUGCAUCUGGAGAAAAAACAAAAAAGGUGUCCAGAGGGUAAGAAGAGGGCAAAAUGUACAGCUGUGGUUUGGACGAGAAACCACUGCUGUAAGACAAGAGACAGAAAAAAGCACACCCACGGGGGAUUGAUCAUUCAUGUUUUAUCUGGCUUCUUCAGUAGUUUUCUGGCUUUAGUAAAAAGCAAGAAUGUGAAGGUUGGCAGUACACACAAACUGAACACACAAAUGAAGCAGUGAUAAAUGAUAGCUGUGCUUUUUUUCUACGUCUCAAUUCGGAGCUCACUUACAGUAGCUAGACUUCCUUCAGUGCUCUAUGCAAUUACUAUCAUGUCCCUGUUUGAAGAGGCCUUGUCCAUGAAUUGGACAGAUACUUCCUGUCUGCCUGAAGCUUCGCAGUCUUAUCUAUCAGAUGGUUAGAGGUGAUAUUUAGCUUUUUAGCACCUGAUGAUCGUUUAUUUAAAUAUUUGCUGAUUAGUUUUUAAUUUUAGAGCCCCCCUUUGAAGUCCUAAAUUUAGUUAGACUCAAUCAGACAUCGAAGCCGUUUUGUUAAAAAUAGUAAAACUUCGAAGUAAUAAUCCCUGACCUUGAAGUCACACCUGCUUUCAUUCAUUGCUGAACACUGAAAAAGGAUUUCAAACAGAAACUUCUGAAAUGAUCUGGCAUUCUGUGAAAGUCUGAUCGUCAAAAAUACACCGGAUGUCUUGCAUUUAUUUUUUUGUGCUCUGACAUGGAAAGUGAUCUACAUAAAAUUACCUACUUCCCCAAACAAAGGGCAUAGAAUAUUUUUGUCUAAAAUCUUAAACCGUGUACUUUUCGUAUUGUGUGGGUGAUGGAGUGUAAGAGAACAAAAUAAAUAUAUACAUGAUGUUCAUGAGUUAAUGCUCUUGUAGAGUAUGAUACAUCUACCCUAUGUAACACUACUCUAGAUGUGCGUUUGUGUGUAUUGUGCAAAGUAUGGGAUAAUAAAAGCUUUCACCAAAUA